AAAAAAAUGGCAACAUUAAACAUGGACGUCGUCGCUUAAUGUUUUAGUUUUCGGCGCUUAAGAUUUUACAAUGAAAAUGUUUGUUUAAACUUUAAUUUUACAUCGUCUGUUAAAACAGAAAAUGGUAACGAUUGUUGACGAUCUAGAUUCUUUGAGUUUGCAAGAGCCCAUAUUUAAGGAUGUUAAAUAUUACCUCUCUGGCGAUGUCUCUGAAAGGAUUAUGCUCCUGCUGCAGUCAGGAGGUGCAGAAAAUACAAAAUAUUUUUCGGACUAUGUCACACAUUUAAUUUGUGGACAAAAUGCCGCUGAUACGGACCUCGAUGACGCGCAGGACAUCUACCAGAUUCCCGCUGUGACCGAAAGCUGGGUACUCGCCUGCGCUCGUUUGAAAAGGUUGGCCAAUACUAAGCCAUACACUCCAACCAAGAAUAAGAUAUUUUCUAAUGUGGUUGCAUGUAUUUCUAAAGUAAGUUCAGCUGAUACAAAGGCCCUGUUCGCGCUUAUAACAUAUCAUGGUGGAAAAGUCAAAUUAAAUUUCGACUCCCAGUGCACUCAUCUUAUUUGUGGAGCUGCCACAGGCAAGAAGUACAGCAUAGCUCUUACAUUGCCCCCAUCAAGAGUUAAAAUUGUUACCCCUGAUUGGGUUUUGGAGAGUCUAAGGGCAAGAAUACAAGCAGUGACAGAAGUUUUUCAUCCUAAAUUGUUAAUCAUACCACAGCCACCACCUAAAUCAAUGGAUCGCAUCAGUGCUAUUACUGGUUUUGACUUUGAAGAAGGUAUAGCCAAGAAUGAAGUGCCUACACAGAAUAUGGCUGAAAAUAAAGAUGACAGCACACAAGCACUACUGGACAAACUUAAGCAAAGGAUGCCUUGGAACCAUCCCCCUUCAUCUGCCAACACAUCUACUGUGGCCACAGGAGCUGUCAACUCUAUGGGUUAUAGUACUGCCAUGUCGACUGCUGGUAUUAUCAGCAAAUCUAUACCUCAAGGCAUAGUUACACAAAACCUUCAAAUACAGAGUAGUCAGAGUAAUGUACAGUUGAUGCAGAAAUUUGGACAGAAUGCUAUAGUAUCUCAAGCCGGUAUGAAUAUCCAAAAUCAACAUAUGAAUGUUCAACAACAGCAACAAGCAUAUCAAAAUCAGCAACAGCAUCAGCAACACCAACAACAACAACAUCAACAACAGCAACAACAACAGCAGCAACAACAACAACAGCAGCAGCAGCAACAACCACAUGGAUUAUCUGCGAUACAAAUUCAGCAACAAAAGUUAUUGCAACAACAUCAGUUGAGAAUGCAAAUGCUCCAACAGAAACAAGGAUUCCAACAAUCCAAUGUCUCAGUAUCUCAAAUGAAUCAAAACAUCUCAAACCAAAUACAACAACAUAUUCAAACAAACCAACAUCACCUUCAACAAAAUCAAAAUAUUAACCAGACUACUAACACAUCAAUGAGUUCUGCGCAGCAGCAAAUUGAGAACAUCAGCCAGAUGUUAAGCCAAAGUGCUAAUUUACAGCAAGCACAAUUAAAUCAACAGAAUAUGGCUAUGAAACAAAGUUUGACAUUGAGCCAGCAAAAUGCCGUUCAGAACAUUGCUCAACAACUUGCUCAAUCUACUCAGAACUUUACACAGAGCUUACAAAAUGCUAAACUCAACCAAAAUCUCAACCAGUCCCAGGUCAUCAAUCAACAACAGCUUAUAAACUCUGGGCAACAGUUAUCAGCACAGAAUCAAAAUUUAUUGCAGCAACAGACUGUGCAGUCAAUGAAUAACCAACAACAAAAUAUGACCAUGGGAGUUGUCAAUCAACAAGGUAUGGUCAGUUCAUCGCAAGCACAAGGCGGUCAGAAUGUCCAACUUAACCAGCUUGUUAGUAACACUGGACAACAAAAUGUUAUUGGUCAACAAAUUCAAUCAGUCCAACAAGGUCUAACAAACCAACAGAGUGGCAAUGUUUCAGUGCAGGGAGCAUGGCGACAACAAAAUAUACAAAUGGUGCAGAAUGUACAAGGCCAACAUCAAAUUAUAAGGAGUCCAUUGGUACAAACUCGUAAUCCACAAAACCAGGUUAUUUUACAACAGCAAAUAAUGCAAACACAGCAACAACAGGCUCUUAUAAACAACCAACAAGCACAGUUGAGCCCCCAACAUACAAUACAACAAGCAUCACAACAAAUAUUGCAACAAUCUAUUGGUUCCCAAGGACAAACAAUAAGCCAAACACAUCACCAAAUAUUGGUCCAAAAGCAGCAGUUGCUAAACAGCGGUGGACAACAGCAAUUAGUUCAAGCACCACAACAAGUUUUAAUCAACCAACACACCGGCCAACAGCAAAUAUUGGUUCAUGGUAACCAACAAGUGACUCUACAAGGGGGUCAACAAAUUGUAUCUCAGAGCCAGAUUGUCCACCAGGGUGGGCAGUUGGUUAACCAAGGUGGUCAGCAAAUAAUCACUCAAGGUGGUCAACAGGUGUUGUCCCAAGGUGGUCAACAUGUGAUAACACAGCAGGGGCAACAGCAUCAAGUAGUAAUAGCUCAGUCCUCACAGCAGAUAGUGAACCAGUCAGGGCAGCAGAUCAUUGGGCAAGGCCAGCAAGUGCUGUCGCAGGUGCCUCAGUCCCCGCAGGCAGGGUCCCAGCUGAGUGCCGGUGGGGGUAUACAGCAGAUCAUCACACACAGUGGAGGACAGCAAAUUGUGUCACCUGGAGGGCAACAGAUAGUGCAGGGUGGGCAGAAUGUGUCCUGGCAACAACAGCAGUACCUGCAAAGACAGCAAAUUGGACAACCUGGUGCUGUUGGACAAAGGGUGCAAUGGACGGCCGGCGGCGGUGGGAGGCAGCUCAUCCACCUGGACGCUCAGACCCACGCGCAGCUGCAACAGAUGGACCCCAAGCAGCGAGCCAUGUUUGUUGCUCAGCUGCAGAAGAGGAGGCAACUUUCCAUACAGAGGGCAGCAGCGUUAGCACAACAGCAGCAGCCAGGCGGAGUGGGUGGCGCCGGGACUCCGCCCUCGCCUGCGCCACAAAGCGUCACAUUUAUACGUAGUCAACUACCGCCCGGCCUUACACAGCAACAACAAGUGCAAUGGCUGCAGCAGCAAGGUGCGCGCACUGCCGCCAUACCUGCGCCCACUCCCACGCAGCCACCGCAAUCGCCUGUGGGCGGAGGUCCGGUUGCAAGUCCGGUGGGUGCUGGUGGUGCGGGCGGCGCGGGGGGCGCCGGUGUGGAGUCGCAGCUGCAGCAGCUGCAGCGCCAGCAGCAGUACCAGCGGCUGCAGCAACUGCAAGCGCAGCGCGACCACGUGGCACAUCAUCACGCCACGCUCAAACAGGUGGGUCCUGUGACGCAGCACGUAGUGAGCGGGGCCACACUCACCGAGCAGACAGUGGACGCCGCACUGCUGGCGCCCGCCGCCGACCAGCAACAAGGUGCAGCGGGUAACACUCUGCUGGUGAACCCAAAGACUAAGACAGCGCUGGCCAACAUGCUGAGCAUCCGACUCCAGGGGGGUGCGCCACCGCCGGACCACGAGCCCUCCGCCGCCGGCACGCUCAGGUUGAUGACGGCUGCGCACGCGGCGGCGGGCAGCGUGCGGGCGCCGGCGCGGCUGCUGCUGGGCACCGCGCACCACCCGCACCAGGUGCCUGCACAGUCUGGCGGCCCCGGUGUGGUGGGCAACAAGGUGUACGCGAGCGGUGUGGGCGUGGGCGUAGCUGCGGGCGUGGGCGUGGGCGGCGGCGCGGUGCGGGCAGUGCCGCCGCGCGCACAGUUCUACGGACACAAUCCCAAUCUCAAACUGCCGCCGGACCUCUUCCUCUUGGGAUGUGUCUUUCAUAUUGUGGAGUACCAGCAGUCUCUGGGUGCGGAAUCAGUGGGCAAGUGGUCGGAAGCGAUCCAGCGUCGCGGCGGCGAGGUAGAGCCCAACUACUGCGCGCGCGUCACCCACGUGCUCUGCGAGACGCAGCGCCACGGCGUCGUCAUGCAGGCGUUGCGCGAUGCCAAGCGUUGUGUGACCGCUUACUGGUUGUCUGACGCGAUGGAGCGUCGCGGCGUGGCGCCCCCGUGGCAGGCGUUGCACCUGCCCGCCAUGCACGCGCCGCGCGACCGCCCCGCGCGACACCACCGCGUCUGCCUCACCGGCUGGCGACGCGAUGAGCGCCGCCGCCUCGCCUGCUGCAUACAGAUCAUCGGCGCCAAGCUGACGCCGUACUUGUCGCGUGACAACACUGUGUUGGUGUGCAAGCGAGCGGAGGGUGCCAAGUACAGACGUGCACGCGAGUGGGGCGUGCCCGCUGUCAGCGCCGCCUGGCUCACCGACCUGCUACUCGGCAACAUGAGUGCCCUCGCACAGAUUGAGAAUGUGAAAUACCAACAGUUCAAUUUGGCGAGUCCAUUCCGAAUUGAUUACAGCCUCGUCUCGCAUUUAAUGAACGCGUGGAAGAUGCCCAUCAACAUAACGCAGGAGUCGCACGAGCGUGCGAAGCGCGGAGCUGCGGCGGCGAGCGGCGCGCGCAAGGCCAAGCGGCCGCGUCUCGAGCCUGCAGAUACCCCCGCGCCCCCCGCACUGACCCCCGGACAACCACCCCCCGCGCCGCCCCCGCUGCACCUCGCCCCCCGCGUGCUUUUCUCUGCCGUGCCCGCCAACGAGCAGCCGCGCCUCGCCGCCAUCGUGCGUCAACUGGGCGGUAUGGUGGUAACGUCCCCGGCGGAGGCGACGCACCUCGUCAUGGAAAAGUUAGUACGCACGUGCAAGCUGGUGAGCUGCCUGGUCACCGUGAAGCACCUGCUCUGCCCCGAGUGGCUGCUCGAGAGCCAGCGCCUCAACAAGUUUGCGGACGAGGCGAAGCACGGCCUCCACGACGACGCCUUCAACACAAUGUUCAAAUGCGACGUCUCCGAAGUACUGCUCUGCGGUGAACAGAGGAAGAAACUAUUCGAAGGCAUCACUUUCUUCCUCACACCUUGUGUUAAACCCAAUAGGGGAGCACUUACUGAGAUGAUAGAAUUGUGUGGAGGAAAAGUUGAGAAAAACCGACGCUCCUACGUGUCCAUACAAGAACUCCAUACACAGAAACCCUACAGCUACCUGGUACUAACGGUGCCAAAUGAUUUGCACCUGGUCUAUUACCUGCUGCAGUCGGAGAAGACCCUGAACGUGGUGUGCAGCACUGAGGUGGUGCUCUCUGCCAUCAUGCGCCAGAAGCUGCAGGUCGAGGAAUUCCUCGUCAAGAUCGAUUGAAGCUAAGGCAAUGAUUUUUAUACAUAAAUAGAUUUUAUAAAUCAACCUUAUGUUGAUUUGGAAAUUAUAUGAACAUCUAAGAUUUCUUUACAAUUCUAUCGUUCACUAUUUGUAACAGAAGAAAUAUGAUUAUGUACAUAAGAGCCAUAGAAAUACAACUUAACUUUGUUUCGUAACGAUGUCGACGUUAAUGUGUAGUUUGACACAUUUAUAAAAAAACAAUAUUGACCUAUUAUUAUAAUUUAAAUAGAAAACAAAAAGGAAAAUGACUGCCAAGUGAAGUGUUUGAAAAAAAUUGCUAUUUAUGUAUUGAAAUCUUUGUUAUAAACAGUUCAUGCAAUAUCAUAAUAAGGUUUUACCUUAGCUAUAGUUUAUAUUUCAAAAAUGUUUAUUAAUAUCUAAAUGUCUAUAAACAUAAUUUUUUAUUUAAUGUUAAAUAUGUUUCUGAAUUUUUUCUCAUUUGUUAUAAAAAUUAUUCUAUUGUUUUACGUGAAUUAAUUACGACCGCUAAUGACUAGAAUAUGGAUGUCAGAAGUAAACAAAUCGUUCAUGCCUUUUGUCAGAAUAUUUGUAUAUGUGAUUAGUUUGUCGUUUUAGCGGGUUCUUGUUAUUUUAUUUAUAUUUUUUCCAGACUUAUUGCAGUUAGAAAAUGAACUGACUGUAUUUAUAUUAUUGUAAUGUAAGCAUAAUUUUGGAAAUGUUUUAUAAAUGAAUAUGAAGAGGUA